CUCUCUCUCUCACAUUCACACACACAUUUCUCUCUCUCUCUCUCUCUCUCUCUCUCUCUCUUGCUUAGUUCCACCCCUCCCUCUGAUCUCGCUCGUUCACCGCCUUCCUUCAGCUCGUGCAAGUCCCAAGCAACGAUAUUAUGGCUGGCUCUACACUCAUUCUUCCUACCACAGACGUCCGGUACACCGCCACUCAAUCCAAGAGAGACCACGACCAAAAGGCGAAAUGGGCACGUGGCUCACGUCCCGGCAUGGGCCAGCCGUGGGAAGGCUAUACCACUGUACGACCGGUGUUGCCUCUCGCAAAAUCCAAGGUGGAUCGAAAAGCCCACAUCGUCACUCUCAAGCGUCAGGCCAUCCCAUCCAAGAAUCCUCGGUCGCACCUUCGUUCUGUCUACUACGAGGAUAUGAGGGAGGCUAGCGAUCUUUCGGACACCCUCGACGAUAAGGGCUCUGGCCCUAGCCCAAGCUCUCCAGCCGGUGAUGUCGAUGUCUUUUAUUCCUUCGACGCUAGAACCGGACCUCGAGCAGGUGAACACCUCCUGUCAGUGGCUCUAGAGAGGGCGGUCGAGCGGUUUGAGACCAAGGAAACGGAGAAACUUGUCCGGGAAUAUGACUUCGUAGACGAACGCGAAUCAACCGAUGGUGGAUAUGCCGCAAACGACGAUGACUAUGAGUUCAUAGAUCGCGCCACACUUUGAUCAGGCCGCUCUACGGUUUCACUUAGUUCCUUUUGCUUCCGUUUUUCCCAGUACGUGCUGAGAAUGGUUUCUUCUUCAGCAUUUGUUUCCUUCCUUUAAAUAGACCUGCUAGUUUGACGGCAUGGCAUGGAUUGGCGACUACCUUCAGAUCAGGAGCAUUGUUGCAUUUUCUUUCUUUUUUUUUUUCCAUUAGUUGUGUACUAUGGGUCAAGGAUCAAGAGAGGAGUGCUUUGGCGAAUUGGGCGCUUCUUGAGGACUUGAAACUUGUAUCAUUAUUCCGGUUGGAAUUUUCCUUGAGUUUGGGCAGUUUUGUACAUAUCUUUCUCUCCUUGGUAUAGGUACUCCGCUGGGGAUUGUUCCUUUGGGAUGGCUUAGGAAUACGUUCCUCAGCCUACACAGUUGUAUGGACCAUAAUACCCGGUGUCAUAUUGAGCCGACGACCUAGCAGUUUAUAUAUGAGCCCUAUUCUUAUACACUUCCGAGAAUUUGUAGUUGCGUGUUCGGUUGUGCGUGUGCGGAUGUUG